CUGUGGGUCGUGACGUGUUUCCGCAUCUGCGCACAUCGGAGGUGACCACACGUUGCGACGGAAAGCAUGGAGGACCGGAGCCCGAAGGAAAACACAGCUCAAAGUGUGAAAGAUUCUAGCAGUGAUUGUGAUGAAGAAAAGGUUAAUAACGGAGGAUGCGAGGAGGCAGUGAAGACUUUUAAGGACCUGGGUGUAACUGAGGUUCUCUGUGAGGCCUGUGAUCAGCUGGGAUGGAAGAGUCCAACUAAGAUCCAGGUGGAAGCUAUACCUGUCGCUCUUCAAGGCAGGGAUGUCAUCGGCCUGGCAGAGACGGGUUCAGGGAAGACUGGCGCUUUCGCUCUGCCUAUCCUCCAAUCACUGCUGUCUUCACCUCAGAGGCUCCACACGCUCGUCCUCACACCCACCAGAGAGCUGGCCUUCCAGAUCUCCGAGCAGUUUGAGGCUCUGGGCUCCAGCAUUGGGGUUAAAUGUGCUGUGAUUGUUGGUGGAAUCGACAUGAUGUCCCAGUCCUUGGUGUUGGCUAAAAAGCCACAUAUUGUUAUAGCCACUCCUGGUCGAUUGAUCGAUCACACGGAGAACACAAAGGGCUUCUCCCUACGAGCUCUGAAGUUCCUGGUCAUGGAUGAAGCAGACAGGAUCCUCAACAUGGACUUUGAGACUGAAGUGGACAAGAUCCUGAAAGUUAUUCCCAGAGACAGACGGACCUUCUUGUUCUCUGCCACCAUGACCAAAAAGGUCCAGAAACUCCAAAGAGCAGCUCUGAAAGAUUCUGUAAAGUGUGCUGUAUCCACAAAAUAUUCCACAGUAGACAAGCUGCAGCAAUACUACGUCUUUAUCCCUUCCAAGUACAAGGACUGUUACCUGGUGUCCAUCCUGAACGAGCUGGCCGGGAACUCCUUCAUGAUUUUUUGCAGCACAUGUAACAAUGCCCAGCGGGUGGCGCUGAUGUUGAGGAAUCUGGGUAUAACUGCCAUCCCUCUUCACGGACAGAUGAGUCAGAAUAAACGUCUUGGAGCUCUUAACAAGUUCAAAUCCAAGUCUCGUUCUGUGCUCCUGGCAACUGAUGUGGCGUCUAGAGGUCUGGACAUCCCUCAUGUUGACUGUGUCAUCAACUACGACAUCCCCACACAUUCAAAGGAUUACAUCCAUAGAGUUGGGCGAACAGCCAGAGCAGGGCGGGCUGGGAAAUCCAUAACUUUUGUGACACAGUAUGACGUGGAGCUUUUCCAGCGAAUCGAAAGUUUGAUCGGGAAGAAACUCCCUGCAUUUCCUACACAAGAGGAGGAGGUGAUGAUGCUGGUGGAGAGGGUGAGCGAGGCUCAGAGAUUUGCCAGGCUGGAAAUGAAGGAACAAGGAGAGAAAAGGAAGAAGCCCAAAGGUAGAGAUGGGGAUGAGGAUGACUCUGAACAGGCGAGCGGAGUGAGGAAGAAAGUCAAAGGCGGUUCAGGAGGAGGGAGGAAGAAGGGUGGAGGAGCCUGGAGAGGAGGGCGCUGAAGAAUGAAACUCAUAAUAAAAUGUACAUAACCACAACACAAAAUGCCUCUCCUUUCUCUGAUGUAAACUUUACUAUUCUGACGGCUUGUUUUCCACACUUCAUUUUGCAAGCUGACUAUUUAAUUACACAAUAAGGUCUUUCUUUGUCCAUGUAUGACUUUUUUCCAUUUGUAAUAAAACGUUGCAGUAAAAUCUAAA